UGGGCCUGCGGGGCUGGGCGGAGCUGGAGGCCGCGCGCCCGAGGAGGUGCCGCGGGACCGCCCGGGAACUUAGCGUCCCCGCGGGGCCGCGGGCCUGGAGGGACCGUGAAGGGCCAUGGCCGAGCCGGCUCCGUUACCUCUGACUUUUGAAGAUGUUGCCAUUUAUUUCUCUGAACAAGAAUGGCAGAAUCUGGACGCAUGGCAGAAGGAGCUUUACAAGCAUGUAAUGAGAACCAAUUAUGAGAUUCUUGUUUCUCUAGAUGAUGGACUUCCCAAACCAGAGCUAAUAUCACGGAUUGAACAGGGGAAAGAGUUCUUCAAGAACUGGGGAGAAUCACAGAAAUCAGGAAACAUAAUUUGCUCUUCAGCUGAUCUGCAUUUUGAUCCAGUUAUUGAGGGACAUCUGUUUUGGCGAAGUCAACAAGCUGUGAAUUCAGGAGAAGCUAAAUGCGGGUUCCAAGUAGAUCUACAGGGCCAGUGCCCCUCUGAACCCUCACUAGGAGGAAGGGCAGAUGCUUCCUUCAGGCCUGACGGGAGGAUCGCUCUCGUGAAUCCACACAAACAAGUCGCAUGGGCUCCAAUUCCAGUAGUCCCCUGCUGCAGGGAACCUACCCGGAGAGAAGGAAUCCCAAGUCCCAGAACUCUGGCUCCCCCUGCCUUUCAGGAGGUCCCCUCCCGGGAGGGCACCCAGCACCCAAGCGCUGUUAGCGAGGAAAGCUUUUGGAAGAAGAAUCACUUAGAGAAGCACCAGAGCCACUUGAGUGACCAGCCAUGUAGGCCCUGGAAGAAACUCAGCAAACAAGCCGAUCCACAGCAACAGCGCAGCAUCCCUCAGGGUCGGAGGCAUUUCCGGUGUCACGACUGCGGGCGGAGCUUCCACCGGAAGCGGUAUUUGCUCAGGCAUCUGGCUGUACCGGCGGGGACGAGCCCCCCGCAGGGCCCUGGAUGUAAACGGUGCGGCCCGCGCAAGCAGAGCGUUCUCGGCCACCGCCUCCGGCGCAGGGGGGAGAGGCCUUCCCAGUGCCCCAGGUACGACCGGAACUCUCUCCCGAAGAACAGCCUGGCGGCUCCCCAGGGCCAGCCCAGCAGGGGGAGGCUGGUCUCCCGUGGCGAAGGCGACCUGGCCCUCCCAGGGAAGGCACGGCGGGCCAGCUUGCGCUCGGGAGGGAAGCCAGGCCCGUGGCCGGGGGCCGCGGAGACUGUCCGGCACCGCCCCGCCGGGGAGAGGCCAUUGUCUUGCCCCGAGGGUGGCGAACGCUUCGCUGCCGGGUCCCAGCUCGCCAGCCACAAACGGGUGCACGCGGGAGAGCGGCCCUUCCGGUGCCAGGAGUGCGGCGACAGCUUCCGCCCGGGUGGCUCGCUGGAGGUCCACCGGCUCGCGCACGGCGGCGGCAGACCCUUCUCCUGCGCCAAGUGCGGCAAGGGCUUCGCCAAGCGGUGUAAGCUCACGGAGCACGUCCGAGUGCACAGCGGGGAGAGGCCCUUCGGGUGCGCCGACUGCGGCCGGAGCUUCCGCCAGAGGGGACAGCUGCUGCGGCACCGCCGCCUGCACACGGACGAGAAGCCCUUCCAGUGCCCGGAGUGCGGGCUGAGCUUCCGCCUCCAGAGCAUGCUGACAGCACACCGGCUCCGGCACGGCGGGGAGAGGCCGUUCUCCUGCGGCGAGUGCGGCAGGGGCUUCGCGCACCGCUGCAAGCUCCGGGAGCACCUGCGAGUGCACAGCGGGGAGAGGCCCUUCCGGUGCCCCGAGUGCGGCAAGAGCUUCCGCCUCAAGGGCAUCCUGAAGGCCCACCAGCGCACCCACAGCAAGGAGAGGCCCUUCUCGUGCGGGGAGUGCGGCAAGGGCUUCACCCGGCAGUCCAAGCUCGCCGAGCACUUCCGCGUGCACAGCGGCGAGAGGCCCUUCCGCUGCUCCAGCUGCGACCGGAGUUUCCGCCUCAAGGGGCAGCUGCUUAGUCACCAGCGCCUGCACACGGGCGAGAGACCCUUCCAGUGCCCCGAGUGCGGCAAGAGCUACCGCGUCAAGGCCGACAUGAAGGCCCACCAGCUGCUGCACGGCGGGCAGAUGCCCUUCUCUUGCGAGUGCGGCAAAGGCUUCGCCAAGCAGUCCAAGCUCAUCGAACACGUCCGGACGCACACGGGGGAGAAGCCCUUCCAGUGCCCCACGUGCGACAAGAGUUUCCGCCUGAAGGCGCAGCUGCUCAGCCACCAAGGCCUGCACACAGGCGAGAGGCCCUUCCACUGUCCCGAGUGUGAUAAGAACUUCCGGGAGAAGGGACACAUGCUGAGGCACCAGCGCAUACACAGACCCGAGAGGCCGUUCGCCUGCGGCGACUGUGGCAAGGGCUUCAUCUACAAGUCCAAACUUGCCGAACACAUCCGCGUGCACGCCAAAUCCUGCAGUGCCCCCAGCGAGCCUGACGUCAAGAAGAGGCUCAGCCAGCUGUUCGCGAUGAUCGAGGCUGACUGGAGUUGAGGCCGGGAAGGGCGUCCAGAGCCUUCGGCAGGCUUGACGUUCCCUGGGAAUCCACGGCAGCCAUAGCGAAACCCGCCGGGAGACAGAUUUUAGCAACAGGGGCCCUUUUUUGACCAAGAAUGGAACCAAGUUAGGAGUAUGAGAAGCCACAAAGGAUUUUCUCGGCUAAAACAUCACCAGGAAGGGGCGCCUGGGUGGCCCAGUCACUUGAGCAUCCGACUCCUGAUUUCGGCUCAGGUCAUGAUCUCAGGUUGGUGGGUUCGAGCCCCAGAUCUGGAUCCAUGCUGACAGCCCGAUCCUGCUUGGGAUUCUCUCUUACCCUCUGCCUCUGUCCUUCUCCCGCUCAGGCGCGGGCGCUCUCUUUCUCUCUCUAAAAUAAACAUUUAAAACAUCACCAGUUCUAUUUCCUAUCCAUUGAUAAAAGAGAUAUCUGUUCUUCUUACCAUCUUAAGUAGUCAUUUCCCCCCAAAUGUUCAGCUAGCUCUGAAAUCCCAGCUUGAAUUAAGACAAAAGGAAAUCCUUCCAGUACUGUUCCCAAAGUUGAGGAGAUGAGGUGGCUAUUAAAUGUCCACUGUUCUCCUUUUCCACAGUAUGAUUCUAAAGUGGGGGUUCAGGUAUGUGUGAAUUUUGUUGCAGCCCUGAUAUAAUGUUGAAUUUGGUUUUGAUUCAUUUAUUUUGAAACUGUGAGCAAUAAAACAAGUUCUCUGAA